UGAUGCUCUUAUCAACAAAUUGACCGAGCAAACUUAUCUAUUGUAAAGUAGGACAAAGAAGUCCCACAGUGAGUAGCUGUUUAAUUCUAUUGAUUAUUCUUAUUAUUUUGAGCAUGGGGCGGUUGAAAAUUAUGUUAAAUUAUCACCAUUGUUCUGAAACUUGUAUUGUUCUAAUAAUAAUUAUUUACUGAAACUGAAACUCGUAUUAUUCCAAUAAUAUUUUAGCUGCUGAACGGAUGCAAGAUGCAGCCCUUGACAUGUGCCCUACUUAAAAUUAUUGCAACACAAUUUAAUUGAUUAAAAGCGCAGUGCUGCACAAUAACUUGUUCAGUUUGUGUUUGAUCAUGUUUGAUGUUCUUCGGCUUCCCUCACGCUCCAGUUUGUGCUCCAGUGCUCAGUGUGUCCCAAGCACGUCCCAAGUUUAAAUUACGCGCUGUGUCGUAUUUCUUUGACAGAAGUCAAAAUCCUGCCUGACAGAUGUUGGACAGCUGAUUGCGGGAAGUAAACAAACGAUUUCUUAGAUUAAAAUAUGAAUAAUUGUGUUAAUUGACUGUUUAAUAAAUUUAUUUGUAAAUGUGCAUGCGUUAUUAGUGCAUCGAACUUAGCUACUGAAUAUUUUACAUUGGAACAAUGAGUUAUAUUUGGAAAGAAGAUGAACUAACCUGCAAACCAUUAGAUACGUACAGUGAAAUUUCGAUGUUCUUGGAAAAUCCUCCUCCUUGGCGAACUUUGUGUAAAGAGAUACAACCGCACAGCAAGCGGUUGAUAAGGAAUGUGGAUAUCAAGAGUGAUGUACGGAAGGACGUGAGUAGAGUAUUCCAGGAUGGACCGGAAACAUUCUGUCAUUUUGAUCCGGACGCGGAAGAAGUCGAAAGGCACGACGAGUCAAGUUUGCCAAAAACACUUGUUUGCCACGACAUGGCAAACGGAUAUCAUGAUGAUAGCAUCAUCGAUGGCACGGGUCGUUAUGAUGCGUAUACAUUUUACAACUGGGCCGGCAUAGAUAUAUUUUGUUACUUCAGUCAUCACUUGGUCACAAUUCCUCCCUUGGGAUGGAUCAAUGUGGGUCACGCGCACGGCGUCAAAGUGAUUGGCACACUUAUUACUGAAUGGUCUGAUGGUAUAGAAUUCUGGGAUCAAGUACUUGCUUCUGAAUCAGAGUAUAAAAACUUCGCAAGUACAUUAGUAGCUAUUGCUAAAACACUUAAAUUUGAUGGUUGGCUGCUAAAUGUCGAAAACAAGAUAGCGAAGCCCGACAUCCUGCUGGAGUUUGUGAAGCACCUGCAUACAAUUUUACAUCAAGAAUUAACAGACCCAGUGCUGAUUUGGUAUGAUAGCGUUACUAUCGAAGGUCACCUUAACUGGCAAAAUGCACUCAAUCACAAGAACAGAGCGUUUUUCGAUGUGUGCGACGGUUUCUUUACAAAUUAUUCGUGGACCGAGGCGGAUGUGCGGUCUAGUGCCAAAGAGGCGGGUGAUCGUAUCAAAGACUUAUUCAUCGGUAUUGAUGUAUGGGGCCGAAAUUUCUACGGAGGUGGACAAUUUAACAUACAAGAGGCAGUUGACAUUGCUCAUGAAAAUGGGUGCUCAUUAGCAAUAUUUGCACCAGCGUGGACUCACGAGGCAAUGUCCACUGACAAAAGUGAUGUUAACACGGUAGCCAUGUCUGACGAUUUGGAUAUGUACGAACACUUCUUGCUCAGAGACCGUGCCCUGUGGGAUAGUAUAUGGGAUUAUUUAAACACUAGACUACCGUGUACUUUGCCAUUCAAAACUUCGUUUUGUAGAGGGCAAGGGAAGAAAAGACGACUUUAUGGAGAGGUACUAUGUCCUGUACCGUGGUACAAUUUACGACAUAUGCAGUACCAACCGAAUUCUUCACAUGGCCCGCACGGAUAUCUUUUAUCGACAAUAGAUCGUAUUAUACAUGCCUCACGCUAUGGUAUUCAUAGAAAUUCCAAAAGUAUAAUUAGAUAUAAAGCGGACGAGAACUCUCAAGAACCGCAUGUUGAAUUACAAGCCGUUAAAAGCUUAGAAGAAGAUAUACAAAAAAGUGGAGUUAUACCAAAAUCAGACAGUAUAACCGCACUCACAGAGGAAGGUAAUGAGAAUGAAAUUGUAGAUAGACAUGUAAACGAAAGCAAUUCAAAGAGUGUUAAGAGAAAGAUCAAAAAUGCUUUUAAACAUAUGUUCCGAAUAAAAACUUCCAAAAGAGAAGAUGAACUAGAAGAAGAACCCGCUCUAGAACCCAAACCUGUCGAUGAACAAAUGAAACUUGAGACUCACCAAGAGCAAGACAUUGAAAAUGUGCUUGAUUCCAAUAAACCCAUAAUUAUUAAAGACGAACGUCAAGUAACAUUAGAUUUGAAGCCAGCUUCAGCAAGUAAUGCCGAACAAGCACAGGAAAACAAUGUCAUUGAUCAACAGGAUCAACAUGAAGAACGAGAUCAAGACGUGGAAAAUGAAGAGUUAGAAGAAGAUAAUGAUGAAAUCGAGUCAAGGGUCAUUAAGGGAAGAUCUAUGGUUCAGGUUUCGAUCAACAUAAAAUUAAAAGACACUUCUGAGAGAACUCGUUAUGGGCUUGCAUACAUUGCGGAGGAAUUAGAAUGCCUGGAAGUUUAUUUUGAUGAUAGUUUUAUUGGUGGCUCAUGUCUAAAGGUUAAUCCUUCGGAUUCGGUGUCACCAAAACACAGAUUAAUAAGAAUAUUCCAUUGUGACUUUUUUUGUGAGGAGUAUUUGAUUGUUUGUGUGGUGACCAAACAUUUGCGUGGAUUCGAGGAACAGUUUUUGAAUAUAAAGUUUUUCAUGACAGAUGCUCAUGAUCAGGAGCACAGAAUUGUCUUGAUCGGGCGCAACUUGCCUCACUCGCAGCACCCCCAGGAAAGCGCUAGCUGCUUUGUAAAUCUGUAUCCUGUAAAUAUGAGCUCUGACACUGACACUGAAUUCAAAGAUAUUCAAAAAUACUUGUUGUUGAAUAAACCAGAUUACUAUGUUCCAGUUGAGAACUCUUAUGAUUGGAUUGUAAGAUAUUAUGAAAUACACCUGCCGGGGUCCAGAGUGACAUCUAUUAACUGUGACACAGGUCUAGCUCAGGGGCCAAUUUUACUGGGUCACUUGGGGAUUUGUCCCAGAUUGAGUGAACCCUCCCACAGAUUGGAGACUGUAUCUAAAGAGCUCUCCAAGCAGGAACCAGAGAACAAGAAAAGCUCGAGUGUAGUUGAGUUGAAAGACGUAUGAUUAAAGUUAUUUUAAUUUUAUAUUUUGACAAAAUCGAUAAGAUUAAUGUUACCUAAUGUAAGUACAUUUUACUUAAAUAUAUUUUUAAUAAAACAUUAUCAAGUAACUACAUAA